GAUAAGCGUUUCCACCCAGCUCUGUUUCCACUUCUUGUCCCAUACAUUCGUCUACCAAUCCUUACAUUAAUGUUACAGAAUAGAUAUUAUCUUAGUUUCACAGCUGAGGAAACAGCCUCAGGAUAAGGGAUUUGCCCUAAUAAGCCAAGUUGGGAGCUGGUCUUGGCACUGACUUAAAAACACACGUUUGUAACCUCUACAUUCACUGUCUCCUUUUCUUAAAUUUAACAGUUAAACAUGGGGAAAUAAAUCAGCCAUUUACCCAAUAAACUGAUACUGUCUGCUGUGUGCCGGCUAAUAAAGCAAGUAAAUAAAAUUAAAACCCACCAUGUGGCAGAGGGAGGGGGUCUGUUCUAGUUCUGGGAGCCCUCCCGACACCACUGAAGCACACACACAGAGACACACACGCUGCUCUAAUUGACAAAAAACGGUUAGAUGAACAUAGCUAACGAGGAGGGGUUGAGAGCAAGAAGGCAGGCCUGCGUCCCUCUGGGUGCGCUCACAGCCGGCAGCUCUGAGGGCCUCAGCCUUGCAUACAGAAACCGGAUUUUGCUCUUCACCCGGUCUUCUACCCCGAGGUCUUACCUAUCUGAAACCAAAGGGGUGGGUUGUGCUUGGCUCAGAAUCAGGCUCGAGGUGGCACAAAAACAUGUCUUCCUGCACCCGACUGCACGUUUCCUAAACCCAAUUGGGGACACCUGGACUCACAAAAGGAUGUUCUCGGGAGGAAUGAUUUAACCAGGUGCAAAUUCCCACUCAUUUUCCGCGUGGACGCUGACAGGAGCUUCACGUGGUUGGCGAGCAGGGUGGAGGUUACAGGCCCCGCCCCCGAGCCCCGCCCCGAGGUGUGGCUAGGGACGCCGGAAGCGCCCGCGCGGCUCCACAGAGAGCCCGGGCCGCGCGCCUUCGGACUAUGGCGACUCAGGCGAAGCGCCGGCGGGGCCCUUCCUCUGCGCGCGCCGCCGUCUUCGCCGCCCCCAGCGAAGUUUCCGGGGCGGGGCCUUCCCACUGCGCUCGGUUGUCUCAGGUGGCGGGGCCUGUGGGCGGCGGCGACCCGGACCCGGUGGCCGGCUUCUUGAGCUGGUGCCGGUGCGUGGGGCUGGAGCUGAGUCCCAAGGUGGCAGUGAGCCGGAAGGGCACGGUGGCCGGCUACGGCAUGGUGGCCCAGGACGGCGUGGAGCCUGGGGAGCUGCUGUUUGCGGUACCGCGGGCCGUGCUCCUGUCGCAGCACACCUGCUCAAUCAGCGGCCUGCUGGAGCGAGAGCGAGGCGCGCUGCAGAGCCAGUCGGGCUGGGUGCCGCUGCUGCUGGCACUGCUUCACGAGCUGCAGGCCCCGGCCUCACGCUGGAGCCCCUACUUUGCGCUCUGGCCGGAGCUGGGCAGCUUGGAGCACCCCAUGUUCUGGCCCGAGGAGGAGCGCCGGCGGUUGUUACAGGGCACGGGGGUGCCCGAGGCCGUGGAGAAGGAUUUGGCCAACAUCCGCAGCGAGUACUCUUCUAUCGUGCUGCCCUUCAUGGAAGCCCACCCCGAUCUUUUCAGCCCCAGGGUUCGCUCCCCGGAACUCUACCACCAACUGGUGGCUCUUGUGAUGGCCUACAGCUUUCAGGAACCACUGGAGGAAGAGGAGGAUGAAAAGGAGCCAAACCCCCCUCUGAUGGUGCCUGCUGCAGACAUACUAAACCAUGUAGCCAAUCACAAUGCCAAUCUAGAAUAUUCUCCAAAUUGUCUUCGGAUGGUGGCUACUCAGCUCAUUCCUAAAGGCCAUGAGAUUUUCAACACUUACGGGCAAAUGGCUAAUUGGCAACUGAUUCAUAUGUACGGUUUUGUUGAACCAUAUCCAGACAACACAGAUGACACCGCUGACAUUCAAAUGGUGACAGUUCGUGAAGCAGCAGUACAGGGAACAAAAGUUGAAGCUGAAAGGCUCCUGCUCUGUGAACGCUGGGAUUACUUAUGCAAAUUGGAGAUGGUAGGGGAAGAGGGGGCUUUUGUGAUUGGGCGGGAAGAAGUGCUGACUGAAGAGGAACUGACCACCACACUCAAGGUACUGUGCAUGCCUGCUGAGGAGUUCAGAGAGUUUAAAGAUCAAGAUGGAUGGGGAAAUGAUGAAAAGGAAGAGGACAGCCUGACAAUCAGAAAUAUUCCGAAGCUCAAAGAAUCAUGGAGACAGCUUCUUCGGGACAGUGUUUUGUUGACCCUGAAAACCUAUGCCACAGACUUAAAAGCUGAGCAAGAUUUACUCAGUAACAAGGCAGUCUAUGCCAAACUCAGCUGGAGGGAACAGCAGGCCUUACAGGUUCGUUAUGGUCAGAAGAUGAUCUUACACCAGUUGUUGGAAAUGACAGGGUAGCAGGUUUCCUGUUGCUUGAAGGAAUUCAUCCAUGAGAAGAACUUGAGGCUGAUACUCACUGAUGCUUUAAAAGGAAGAAAAUUUGGACUCUUUCCUUAUUAAAUAGCAGUGGGAAAUAUGUUAGGAUUAACUGUGAGUUAAGGGUGACAUGUUUAAGGAUUGGGAACCACUGGUAAUUGUCACCAAGACCAAUACAUUUCAUAGCUGUUUUGUUCUCUGUUUGAACCAGUUAGGAGAAAUGCGGUUGUGAUAGUAAUAGGUCUUGUAGUCUAGCGUUUAAUAACAUGGGCUUUGCAAGUGUAGACCUGGUUAAAAUCUGGGUCUAUUUUGAGUAAGUCACUUUACCUUUUUAAAAAGACUUUGUUUCCUUUUAGAGGAUUUAAUAAAGCUAUGUCACUGGCACUCAAAGCAAUUCCUCAGCAGUCUCAAAUUUGGUCUAGAUGGGACAGCUCACCCUCAGGGAACAAACCCUAAGACACCAAUGACAUUCAAGCCCCAUUCAUGUACGAUUUCUGCUAUUUAAUCCUGAACCUUUUUAUCCUCUUGGGCCAUUAAAGCUUUAAGUCAUUAAAGGAAAGGUAUGUAUGAGUGGGAUACGUUUUUCUUUUAAAAAUUAACAUCAAAACAGCAUGAAGGUAAAGGAUAUUUAAAUGGGCAUUUUGUAAUUAUUUAACCAUAGAAACCCGCUCCAACAACUUUCAGCUAUUGAAAAAGAACAAGAUCACUUUCUUGCUUGUUUAAACAUGCCAGACCAUUAGUGGGGGAAGAUCUACCAUUCAGGAGAAGCUGGUGUUUCCCAAAGGCCUGGGCUUUGUAAGGAUGGGUGUCCACUUUGUCCUCACCAUCAGCACUGGCUGCUGCUACUGAGGAAGGCACAGUGUACUCACAUGGGUGUCAUGACUUUAAUGCGGAACUAUAGUCUAGACACAUACAUGAAGUAGAGAAGCUAAAAUAAAGCCCAGGAACUAGAAAGGCUACUAAGUAUAAUACGUGGACCAAUGCAUUUACCAAAACAUUCAAAAUCCAAAAGGGGCUGUAUUGGUCCUUUUGAUUUUUUGUUGUUCAUCUUAGCCUGGGAUAAUGGGGACAGGAGGGACAAUUCAUACUAUUUGGUUCCCUUUUCUCACAGUGCACUAGUACAGGAGCGAGACGGGGGAACUUUAGGUCUGGUCUGGUCUCCCUGUAUAAAAAAAAGCUGCCUCUCACAGGGAUCAAGCAAUAUGGUCUCCAGCAGAAAUGAGAAAACGAUGGUCUCCAGUAGUGAGCUUUAGAUUUGGGGAAGAAGCAAAACAAAAAUCCAUGGGAGUCGCAAUUGUAAGCUCUUCCCAGGUUCCCUAGAAUACCAAAUCCUAGCGCACCACUUUUAACAACUUCUGUGAUUUUCAAGGUCCCCAGUCCACAUUAAAGUUACAUAACAUUUAAA